AUGGCGUUCCUAAGAAGAGGGGCAGCUUACCUGUCUCGACUGGCAAAAACAAAGCCCGAUCGCAUCUUCGUAGGGCAAGACUUACAGGGGACUUGUUAUUACGAAAUUCCUCAGCAAACUUAUUGGUUCGGACUCUCUGAAGCUAGAUAUCAAAGAUUAGCAGAACCACAGGGCGUCGAUUUAAACGAAGUAAAAAUGCUCAGAGUUACCCCCGAAUGGGAUUCUUGGCUGAGGGGGCGACGUGACGACCCACCUACAUUGGAAGAACUUGAAAUGAACGUUAAUAAGUUUAACAUGAUGCAAGAAAAAAUUUCAAAAUUAGCAGAUAAACAACAAAAAGAAAGCAUUGCAAAAGAAACAGUUAAGGAAAAAAUUGAAAAAGACAAAAAACAAGAGCAACAAGAUGUUGAAUCGUGGGGUUCAAAAUCCUGA